AUGGACUCCAAGAACGUUGAACUCUACACCCCACGUAAGUGCUCUGCCACCAACCGUUUAAUCACCGCCAAGGAUCACGCUUCCGUCCAAAUUAACAUUGGUCACGUCAAUGCUGAAGGUAUCUACAAUGGUGAACAAACCAUCUUUGCUUUCUGCGGUUUCCUCCGUAACAAUGGUCAAUCCGAUGCUGCUCUCAACAGAUUAGCCCAACAAAAAGGUUUCUUAAAAUCAUUCUAA